CCAUUAAAUGGGUUGGGUUAGCUAUACCACCACUUAAUAAACAUGUGUUAUUUUUCUGGUGACUUAGCUUCUACCCUCAUCAUAGAAUUCCAUCUAUAUAAACCACCUUAAUUCUCUUUUUUCUCUAUUUACCCUUUGAUUUCUUUCUUUCAAUCCUUUGUUGCAUCUAACACUUGAAGUUGGAUUUAUGGUAAAAAAAAAUUGGAGGGUAGAAUAAAGCUAGAAGAGAUGAAAGAGAAGAGGCGUGAAAAUAUGGGAUUCGAUGCGAUGAAACUUGAGAAGUUAAAGAACAAGAUGAUAGCUCAAUCGAGGAUAGCUCGAACGAAAAUGUGGAUGAUUCGGUUGAUGAGCAUGGUGUUGAUAUGGAGUUGUGCCAUGCAGUUGAUCACUUUCAACAAGAAAUGGGAGCCUAAGGUCUUCAGUUGCUUGUCUUCUGCAGAUAAAUCUUCAUCCGAAAUCCAAAACAGAAGAUUGUACGAGAACAAUGGAUUUCUAAUGGUUUCCACUAAUGGAGGAUUGAAUCAAAUGCGAGCAGGGAUCUGCGAUAUGGUCACAAUAGCAAGAUACUUAAACAUCACACUUAUAGUCCCUGAACUAGACAAGAUCUCUUUUUGGAAAGAUCAAAGUGAAUUCCAUGACAUAUUUGAUGUGCACUAUUUUAUAAAUUCUCUAAGAGAUGAGGUACAAAUAUUAAGAGAGUUGCCUUCAAAUAUGAAGAAAGAGAUGGAUUCCGGAAAAGUCUUCUCAAUGGCCCCCAUCAGUUGGUCCGACAUGACAUACUACUACGAUACUGUUCUUCCUGGAAUAAAAAAGCAGAAAGUAGUCCACUUCAACAAGUCUGAUUGUCGCCUAGCCAACAAUGGAUUACCAAUUGAUGUACAAAAAUUUAGGUGCAGGGUGAACUAUCAAUCUCUUAAGUUUACACCUGCCAUUGAAAAGUUAGGCAAACGGAUUAUCGAUAUAUUGAAGAGGAAUGGUCCUUUUUUGGCUUUACAUUUGAGGUAUGAGAUGGACAUGUUAGCCUUCUCAGGAUGUAUACAAGGUUGUGACGCUCGUCAAGUCAAGGAAUUGACUGCCAUGAGAUAUGCCUAUCCCUGGUGGAAAGAGAAGGUUAUAAAUGCAACAGAGAAGAGAAAUAGGGGUGAGUGUCCAUUAACCCCUGAAGAAACUUCCCUCACUUUGAAAGCAUUAGGUAUUGAUGGAAACAUUCAAGUUUAUAUUGCUGCUGGCCAUAUUUACGGUGGUGAAAGCAGAUUGGCACCUCUUGCUGCUUAUUUCCCUAAUUUGGUGAAAAAAGAAACUCUACUACAAAUUUCAGAGCUUUCACCGUUCAUGAACCAUUCCUCACAAAUGGCAGCCCUUGAUUACAUGGUGUCUUUGGAGAGUGAUAUCUUUGUAGCUACAUAUGGGGGAAACAUGGCAAAAGUUGUUGAAGGGCAUAGAAGGUAUUUGGGUUAUAGAAAAACUAUCAACUUAGACAGACAAGUACUGGUAAAGUUAAUAGAUCAAUACAAAAAUGGUUCAUUGUGUUGGGAUGAAUUGUCACGUAAUGUGAAGCUCGUUCAUAGACAUCGGAUGGGAACUCCAAAAAAGAGGCUACAAGUUCCAGAAAAACCAAAAUUAGAAGACUACUUCUAUGCUAAUCCUGAAGAAUGUUUACCUUAAUGGGAUAUGAUGAGCAAUUAUAGACAAUCCUUGGUGUCAAUGAGUUUUACUAGUAAAGUCAUGAGAUGCAGGAUGCGGGAGCCAAUUGAUUCUUCAUCGAGUAACACUAGUCCUAGCUCUUUAAUGAUCUCAUCUACGGUAUUUUUCUUUCAGACAUGUCACCUUAUUUGGACAUGAUAUCAAAAGAUGUAUACCCCUAUGUAACAUAUAUAUAUAUAUAUAUAUAGUAUACCCAAAUGUACA